AUGACCCACGGCUGUGGAAGCAUAUUUAGGCCCACCAGCGCUCCUGGGACAGGUAUAUUCUCGGACUUUUCCAGCAUUGAGACAAUCAACAUCAGUGGUGUGGUCCAGUCUUUCGAGCCCACAACAGGAAAAAUUUCCUACAAAAAUGAGUUGAUGUACUUCUAUUCCUGUUCCUACCCCUUAGAAUAUAUGAUCAACCACGCCCAGCUUAAUGUGUCAGCCACCUCUAUCCUAGUCAAGGACAACGAUGGCAGUUUCAUCAGCACCUUGAGCAUGAAGCUGUUUAGUGAUGCCGACUACACCCAACCACUGGUAAUCCCACAGUGGGGAAUUGAACUGAGGACAGAUGUGUGUGUUGAGAUCAAGGCCACCAACCUCACACGCCAGUAUAAUGUCCUGCUGGACCGGUGCUAUGCCACCAUUUCCCCUCUGCCAUCCAACUCCAGCAUCUUCAACUUGUUUGUCUCCUGCUCUAAGGAUCAGUUCACAAACAUGAUUGAGAAUGGAGACAGCCAAAGAGCUCGCUUUAAGUUCCCAGCCUUCCGCUUCAUCGAACACGAGAAGGAGCCUGUGUCCACCUACUACAUCCACUGCAUCAUUCGUCUAUGUGAAAGGAGCACCUGCGGCACCUUCAAGGACUGCACACAAAGAACGAAGAGGAGCACCCUUGAUACUUCUGAAGUGGGCAUAACCAAGGCUUACACUAUCAUCUCUCCAAAGAUCAUUACCAAAGCUGACAAUGUUAAGUCCAAAGAGAAGCCACUUGUUGCAGAAAAAUCUAAUUCUGUUGUCGGGCUUGGUGUGGGUGUUGGUGUCCUUGCCUUUGCUUUCUUAAUUGCUCUCAUUAUUGCAGUUGUGUUUUAUAAAAGGUUCAGGAAACAUUAA